AUGCCUUUCUUUUCAGCCGGUUACCCAGACCUCAGCGCCGCGUACCUGUCAAGCGGAGGCGCCUCGUGGCCUUCGUCUGCGUUCCCGCUCAGUCCAGCGGUGUCUUCGGUGGAAGCAGCCCUUGCUGGUCCCGUACAGCACCAGCACUCAGCGCAGGCACCCGUCCUGCCCCUGAGCCCUUCGGCGGCGGCCAGCGACGCUCUGCAGGCAGGCCGCGAGCUGCGCAAGGCGCGGCGUAACCGGACCGUGUUCACAGAGGGCCAGUUGAUGGGCCUCGAGCGGCGCUUCGACUCGCAGAAGUACCUGUCCACCCCCGACCGCGCCGACUUGGCGCGGGUUCUGGGACUCACGCAACUGCAGGUCAAGACCUGGUACCAGAACAGGCGCAUGAAGUGGAAGAAACAGGUGCGCGCACCGCCUGUUUUAACGCGGCAUCGUUAA